CUCCCUUCCAACAUGAGUUUCGGAAGUCGUGCGCUCCUCCCUGGUUUGAGUUUGCCGCAAAAAGACACUCAACCACGGUAAUACCAUAAGUUCUAAUGGGGAAGUCUCGCUCUCACUGGCUGCGAUUCCCUAUUUUAAGACUUAAAAGCAGCUUUCGGAGGUGCCCUCUUUCCAAAAGGAGUUUGAUAAUUGCGACAGUAUGUGUAGUCUAUUUGGUUUUUGCAGUUUCUCAUGUGGGACACUCUCAGCAGCACCGGGACAGAAGGACUGAUAAAGACAAGUACCGACACACCCGUGGAUUGUAUAAUUUGGAGACUAAUGGUGCCCUGCCAGACUCUGUGGACUCGCAGACCGGUGCGAGCUUCGUGGUCCCGACCCGGUCCAACGUGGUGUACAUAACGCUGAGGUUUAAGCGCCUGAAACCAUCAAAUAUUCGGGGUACAAUCAGACCAAAACUGAGGAGAAAAGCGAGAAGGAAUAAAACAGCCAAUUCAGCUUUUACGCAGAACAAACUUGGCACUUUGGAGCGGGACACGGGCCAAAUUAAGCGCAACGUUGCACCCAAGACUUCCUGGAGAGAAACCAGGGAUGUUGAUUAUAAAUCUUUACAUGUAGUUCAGAAAUCUCAUAAAGAGGUAGACUCUCACAUUAGUUCCAUCCGAAUUUACAGCCAAAGGGCACCGCCAUGGUUCAGCCCAGAGGACGUGAAAGCCAUGCGCUUUCUUGCGGAUGCCAAAGUUUUGCGCAUCAGAGAAGUUUCUCGCGGAGACUCUCCAUCACUUCUGAUAUAUGAGGGCGAGACACAGGUUUCACCGAACAACCAAAACCACACAAAACGGGACGAUGUGUGCGCGGGACUGUGUGGAGUCAUCAAAAGUCCCGUGGACAACACUGAGGUCUUUGCUUUCCACUUGGACAGGGUGCUGGGGCUGAACAGGACAUUGCCAGCUGUAAGCAGAAAAUUCAGAUUUUUACACGAUGGCCAACCCUGUCCAGUGGUGUCAUGGGAUGCAUCUCUGCACACAGAAGGCCUUGCUGCAGGCUGGGCUGCUGUGAGGUUAACAUGGAGGGACUACCAGAACUCCCUGAAACAAAGGUGUUGGCAUAAAAACAUCAGCCCGAAGCCCGACUCUGGCUGCUCCAGUAUUCAUCACUACGAGUGGAGCAAACUUGCUCUGUUUGACUUCUUGUUACAGAUUCACAACCGUCUGGAUCAGAGCUGCUGUGGGUUCAGGCCCCGGGAGGAAGAUGUGUGUGUGGAACUCGGCCAUCACGCUGAAUGCGGGGAUCAGGACCGCAUUCAACUGGCAAACAUCAUCCACAGGGGUCAUGACCCCAGACACCUGGUCUUCACCAACAACAAGGGGUUCUUUGACCGCAAUGAGGACAACUUGGACUUCAGGCUGCUGGAGGGAAUCAAGGAGCUUCCAGAGCAGGCGGUGUCAGUGCUGAGGAGCAGGAGGCUGAGGGAGAAACUCCUCCAGUCUCUGUUCCUGGACCAGACGUACUGGGAGAGCCAGGGCGGCAGGCAGGGCAUCGACAAGCUUAUCGAUGUCAUUGAAAGGCGGGCAAAGGUCCUCCUCACCUACAUCAAUGCCCAUGGGAUCAGUGUAAUUGCAAUGAAUGUAUAAUGAGGUUCACACCAGUCAAGUACCAAAUUACGGAGACACAGACAAAGUAAAUUAAUGGUUUGAUCCCUGUGACUUUAGUGUAUUGUGUCAGAAUGUCCUUUUACAAAACACUGGAGCUUCACACAUUUACAUUUUCUAUGGUGGCCUGAAUUAAAACAUCAGCUAAUGCCAUGUCAUUUAUGCUAAUUAUAAAUCAGCUUGUGUCACAAAAGUGUGAGAGCACAUGCUGUCAAGUACAAGUGGCCCAAAUCCUCAGGACCAGAUAAUUUUACAGUGAGAUAUUGGUAAAAUUAAACAGGAUAAAUGAGUAUUAAAUAUUUUGUCUUUAUAUAUUUGAAGAACAAAACAAAACAAAAACAACAACAUCAUAUUGGUAAUGAAGGACUUAUUAUAAAUUACCCAUUAACCAAAAUAAGUUGUGUUGCUGAUAACUCUGUAAUGCAAACCAUUCAAGUACUGUAAUUUGUGGUUAAGGAAACAUUUAUAAACCCAUCAUUUGCAUGAGACCUUGAGAAUUUCUGAACUAAUUUUGACAUUUACAGUGAAGGUUUACUUCUUUCUUUCAAGUCUUCAUUUCUUUCUUCCCCAGAGGCCAGUGCUCUGUUGUCAUUAUGUAAAGAAUAUGCUGCGGUUUUAACUUCUCCUGAGGCCUUCCAGCUAGUGUCAUUUGCAUUGUGUAUGAUGGGAAUGCACUACAUGAUAGGUUAUUUUCUUCCCCACUCCUCAAGCGUGUGGCAGGAAUGAAGCUGUCAAUAAAGCCGCUUAGUGUAGUUAACAAGCCAAAGCCCAAGAUCCACUUGGCUUAACUUUUGUCACACAACGCUGACAAAAGAUUUAAAUUUUAUUGAGUUACAGUAUUUAAUCUUGUGUAUCUUGUGUACAGUCUUAAAAAAUAUAUUUUUUUCUUUUUUAACCCUCAAGAUGCCAAGGAAGCUUCACUUUUUUCAGUAUAGUCUUCCUUGUAUCAUUUUAUGUUUUAAAGAUCCAGUAUAACAAAUACAAUUUUCACGAUUUACCUUGAACACUGUAUAUUUUGAAACGUGUUUGGAAAAAACUCGGGACGGUGACUUACAUAUGAGAAGUCAGACAGUACUAUUGUUUUUGACACGCACUCUUUAUUUCAGUCUAACUACAAAAACUCCUCUUGUCAUAACCACUUUCAUUUUAUUUAUUUAUUUUUGUACUUUCUUUUCUAAUUAUUGAAGAUGUAUGAGCAUCAGAUGGUGAAUAAAAGCAUUUAUGUGU